AAUACAAAUGAGAAGAGUGAAAUGUUGACUCUGAAUAUGAAUAGUUUAUGUCCACACUAAGUGACGGAGACAAACAGAGAUAUCCCUGGGGUGCUGCUUGGUUGUUUUUGUCAUUUUUGUUCCAUGACAACAUGUUUACAAGAGGGAAAAAAAGGCACAAAAUUAGUUUACUCCCUGCUAAAACUGAAGUAGCAUAUAAAAGAAGUAUGGGAAGUUGUGGUUGUACGUGUAUAUUUUUGCAUUGGCUUCCUCUUUAUUGUCUAAGAUUAAGUUAGCUUUUGGACUAUUGUUUUAACCAGUGUUCAGUGCUGUUGAGGGUUAACAGCUGCAGCUCUGUAGUCCCGCCUCUCCUGUCAGUCAGUGACGGAGCCAGAGCUGAAGUGCUGCAGAGAGCGCUGACUCUCGCUGAGAACUACACGCCCACUAACACUCGCACAAGCAGUCUAGAGACAGAACCGGUGAAGGGACUUGUCGGAACGGUCUGGAAUCGAACAACACGCUAGGGAUUUUCCUGCCAGAUCUUGCCGUUUUGCCUCGGGGCUCAUUUCCCACAGCAAUCCAUGGGACUCCAGACACGGCAGCUCUUCGAUCCGUCUCUCAGCUCCAUGGCCUGCCUUGAAGUGGAGACCUUGAGUGUCUGCAGGGUGCUUCAGUUAAGACUACAGCAGAGGCGCACACGCCAGCAGCUCGCAGACCAGGGCAUCAUGCCACCGCUCAAGACACCUGCAGCUUUUCACGGGCAGGUCAGAAGUCUGGAGAGGGCAAGAACUGAGAAUUUCCUGAAGCAUAAAAUCCACAGCAGACCUGACCGCGCUGAACUUGUUCGCAUGCACAUUUUACAAGAAACCCACGCAGUGGCUUCUUUGCAAGCCGCUCAGAUGAAACUAAAGAGGGCGCGUCUAGCAGAUGACCUCAAUGAGAAGAUUGCACAGAGGCCUGGACCAAUGGAACUGGUGGAGAAGAACAUUCUGCCUGUCGACAUUGUUGGAGGACUGGAUGUUUAUAACUUCAAUGAGGACAGCAGUGAAGCUCUGUCUCCGGAGCAGCCAGCUAGUCAUGAGUCUCAAGGCUCUGUAUCUUCUCCUGUAGAAGCCAGACUGCCUGAACCAUCCUCUGUUUCACCUCCAACUGGCUCCAAACUCCAGAGUCCAGACUUCCUGAACAGAACAUCAGUAGAAGAUGGCCGAGUAAUGAUUUCAACUCAGACAGUGACUGCUGCUGUUCCCACAAAGCCUGGACCCACCCUUGUGAAGCAAAGCCAGCCCAAACACUCCAGUGACAAGAGCCGAAGCAAGAAGAGUAAAGAACCCAAACCGAGAAUUAAGAAGCUCAAGUAUCACCAGUACAUCCCACCCGACCAGAAGCAGGAACCCAAUGAAGCCCCAAUGGACUCGACAUAUGCCAAGCUGCUUCAGCAACAGCAGCAGUUCCUACAGCUCCAGAUCCUCAGUCAACAGCAACAGCAUUACAGUUACCAGGCCAUAUUACCAGCACCUCUCAAGCCAGUAGCUGAGAGUCAGAACAGCUGCCCAAACAUCACAUUGAGCACCAGCCCGAGUCUUCCCGCUCCCAUUGUGAUAUCUCUGCCCAAUGCGGCUCCUUCACGUCCCAACAACACUGUGACCGGUCGUAAAACCGGGUCUCUGCCUACCACCCUAGAUGAGAUGAAGGUGACUGAGCUUAAGAUGGAGUUGAAAUUGCGAGGACUUCCUGUAUCCGGCACCAAAACAGAUCUCAUAGAACGGCUUAAGGCCCACCAGGAGAGCUCUCAAUCUGCUACAGCCAUGGAUAGUAACAUCUCCAAAGCUUCUCUGCAGCCUGACAGCAUGAGCACAACUCCACCUGUUUCUCCUGAGGCCUCCAAUAUCAGUAUGGAUGACAGCAGAGACAGUCCCAACAAAGCUCUAUUUACAUUGUCUCCAGCCCGUCCACCAACAGGCACCUCACCCCACAAACCCGCACCUGAAGACAUGACCAUGGACAUUAAGGUGUCCAGAAAAGACCAGCGCCUUCACGAGAAGGAGCGCCAGAUUGAGGAACUCAUGCGUAAGCUGGAGCAGGAGCAGCGGCUGGUGGAGGAGCUGAAGAUGCAGCUGGAGGUGGAGAAGAGAAGUCAGCAGGGCGGAGGGCAGCAGCCUGAACCCAAUCCAUCAGUCCAGGUCAAAGAGGAGAACGGAGCCUCCCCGAGCUGCAACUCCAAGCAGAGUCCCCUGCGGCAAACUAUAGGUGUGAAACAGGAAGAGCCACAUGCCCAGCGGCACCACACCCCAGUCCAGCAGUUCUAUAUCAACACACAGCAAGUCCCUCAAGUGCUGCAUCAGCAGACACUGAUCAACACUCAGCCUGCUGCACAAAUCCUGCUGCCCAUCAGCCUGCCCAACAAUCCCAUCAGCACACAGGCGCAGACCGUUCUCCAACAAACAAUGUCCAGUUUGGCUCAAAGCAUCAUACAAGCACCACUUCUGCAAACACAGACGUCCAACAACACAAUGUUACAACAGCAUUCAAAUCAGACGCCAUCUCCACCUCAAGCUUUACCCCUGUGUGGAAGCUCAUCUUCUGGGUUUGAGUACAGACAGAACCAGAGCCAGCCCAUGGCAGAAAUGCCCCAGUGCUUCCUCAACAACUCGCCCAGACACACAAAUGGACCUACUAACAGACCUCACUCGCCCUGUCAGCUCAACUAUAUCCUUCAGCCAUCGAAGUUCCCCAAUCAUCACAGCCCAAAGAGCAAAGACCCACCCCGUUACGAGGAGGCUGUCAAACAGACCAGAGGUCUACAAGCCACAAUGCAGGUUCCUACUGCUACCAGUCAGCACAUGGACGAUCUGUUUGAUGUUUUGAUCGAGAGUGGAGAAAUAUCCCCUCUAUCCAGGCAGGAUCCAUCUCUGGACAAACUUCUUCCGGUGACCGCAAACAUCACCACCCUGCCCAUCAACACAGUGCUGUCUCGUCCUCCACCGCAGAUACACGUCGCCCACACGCCCAACCAAACCCAAGCACCUCCACCCAACAUGGUAGCCCUGGCCUCUGAUAACCAGUUAGAGGCCCUGCUGGAGGACGCUGAGCCACGGACCCUGAGACUGAUGGAGGAGCUUAAAAACCAGCUGCUGGAGCGGCCCCAAUCCCCAAUGGACACUUCAGAUCUGACCUUCACCGACACGCCACCUUCUGCCCUCCCUCUGCAAGACGCAGGCCUCGACAACAUGGAGUGGCUGGACCUUACAAUUCCAGGUCCUGCUGGUAUCUCCUUACCGAAUGCAGACUUUUCAUCUGAUUUUUUGGACUCCACUGAUUUACAGUUACACUGGGACUGAGCUCACAAAGGGAUGGAAAUCGGAGACGUUCUGAAAAGAUUUGCGGAUGGUUCCGAGCAUCUGUGUGCAGACCACUGAUAGUGUAGCAUCAGCUUUUCUCAGCUGCACAUAUACGUGCAGGUUUGUGUGCUGUUCUUGUCACCAACACCUCUUUCAAAGCAGAAGAAUGUAAAGACACUUCUUUUUUUUCUUUUCUCACCUGUAUAUUUAGGCAGUGAGCUUCUGCUUUUCAUAUUUUAAAGCAGUCUUUGAAACUCCUGGUUUAUAUUAUAGAGAAAGUUAGAAUGUUGUUUUUUGUUAGAUUCUGAUAAGUAUAAUUUCUUACAGAACAUAUUUUAAAUGUAUCAUAUAUUUUGGGGAAAGCAAGGAUUAUAAGUACAAUCAUAGUGCCUUUGCUAUUUGCGUUGUCCAGAAACUCUGUAGUUUUAGAGUUAAAGGGAUAGUAAGUUCAAAAAGUAUUGUCCUCAUUCCAAGCUCGUAUCGUUCAUUCUUUCUGAACUCAAAAGAAAAUGUUUUCAAGAAAAUCUUGUUCAGCUGUCUUUUUCCAUUGGGAUCCAAAACUUUCAAACUCCAAAAAGGACAUAAAGGUAGCAUAAAAUAUGACUUGACUGGUAUAUUCAAAGCUUUCUGAAGCAGCACGAUUACUUUCUACGAUAAACAGAUCAAACUUUAUUUACUCAAAGUCUUUAUUAACUCUCAAACCAUACCAAAACAUUAAUCAGUGCAUACAGAGACUAAGUUAAAUUUGGCUUCUUUUUCAGUAACAUGUUUCACUCAGAUAUGUCUCAAUACAAAAGACUUGCAUUUAAUCACAAUUUUUUUUUUAAUGUAAAACCUCACCGAAUGUCGCAAAUCAACAUAAAGGCUUAAAAACUGCAUAUCAUACAAAAUGAUUCCUAUGGAUUCAUUUCAUGUUACCUUUAUGUCCGUAUCGAAGUUUGACAUUUUUGGACCCCAUUAACUUGAUGGUAUUAACAAAAACCAGCUGAAACGUUCUAUAAAAUAUCUUCUUUUGUGUUGUUGAAGAAAAAAAAAAACAUUUGAGUUUGGAACAACAUAAUGACAGACUUAUAAUUUUGGGGUGAGCUAUUCUUUUAACUGCAGAGUUUGCAAAUGUCAGACUUUUGUGAUGGAAACAUUGUGCCAUGGUAAUUGUUACAAAUGUGAUGCCACCUUCAUCGCAGGAACCUGUUUAGUGGCUUAUUUACAUUCAUCUGCCAUGCUCAAUGAGCUGUUAACUGUUGCAUUAGGGUACUCGAAAUUGUGGCAGCUAAAUAAGAACAUUCAAUUUCUAAACAUUCGAAAUCAUCCGGUGCAUUGACUGGGAAAGGUCAGAGCGAGGUUGUUUACCAAACCCAGCAUGGGGCCAAAGAGAGGGAGGGAGAGAGGCACACAAACGCCUGACUAGGGGCCAUACUUCUCCCUAUCAAAAGAGUAGAUAGAGAGGACAGGGUUCAGCUCUUACAGUCUGAACUGACACUGUUGCGUGUCUUGACCAGGGACACAACCCUAAACAGGACCAGUGAAAUUUUCAUAUUCAGAUCAGAAUGACAUCAGAGAGCAGCUGCAUUUUGAUUGGUCAGGCUCUUUAGUACAGUACAGAUGUGUUUUUUGGAUGUAGAUGAACUGAAAUUCACUGUAUUUCACAGAAUCUGAGCUUCUUUCUUCAUAACCACUGACAUAUAGGUAGCUGGCAGGUAAUUUGCCUUUGUUAAUGUACCUAAACCUCAUCUUCUCAGUUAUUUGGAAGAAUAAAUUAGUUUUUGGUUUUAGAUUUUUUUUUUUUAUAAAAUGUGACAAUGUAGCGUCAUCUGCUGGAACAGUUUGAAACAGACGGCUGAAUGAUUUCUUAUCACCGCUCCCUUCAGAUGGAUCAUUAUGAAAUGUUUUUCUUUAGUGCUUGGCUGAUGUAAUAGCAGAUUUCUCUUUAGACACUCUGUGAAUAUACGCCAAACAUGCCAAAUAGUGCACUUACUUGACCUUGGACUGAACUCAUUGACAAUCAGUUCUUAAUCCAAGCAUUUUGUCAAAAUGAAAGAAUGUGUUUCUGUAUUUAGAAAUGUAACUUCACAAUUUCUAAAGGGAUACCAUAGUUCUGUCUCUAUCAGAGACCCAAAGCUUUUAAUUUUGUAAACAUACCAUUUUACUGCAUUUAUGCAGUUCUCAUAUAUAUUUUUAUCACAUAUUUUAUGGCUCUACAUGUAUUUUUUUUGUGUGUAAAAAAAAAAAAAAAGGGCCCGUGGUGGAGUCAAAUCCUAUUAGACCUUAAAUGAACCUGUAAAGACUAUUAGGAUUGUGUACCUUUUUUCAAUAUGUCCAUCAAGAGUAGUUGCUCUGUUAUGAAGAGGAAAAGAAGAGAAAUAUGUAAAAUCUUACUGACCCUUUGAAGUGCGAUGUAGAUUGUAUGCCUCAUAU